GUGUUAUCGGUUCUACUUCAACCGAAGAAUCUAAGAAGCAGCAUGUUAAACGUGUGUUCUCGAAGAUGUUAAAAUCGGAAGAGGCUGCGUAUGGUAUAAGCGCAUUCAGUCAAAAGAAAAAGCCGAACUGGUCCGAAUUUACAUCAAAAUCAAAAUUAUAA